UUCCAACAUUCGAACCACCACCUGACCUAACUAUUUUUCUUUCUUUUCCUUUUCCUCUCAUUCGAAGGAACCCCCAUAGUCAAAUCAAACCCCAAAACCCAAAACCUCACACCAAAUUUCAUUUUCACCGAUGGGUUGGGUACCAAGAUUCAACGCAAGUCGUAUAUGGCUACCUGCAUUUCUCUUCUCUCUUUUCAUCCUUUUCUUCACUCCCACUAUCCCUCGCUCCCACAACCACCACCAUUUCGUUGACAUGCGCAAUCUUCUCGGAGUUCCCAACACCAUCAAUGUCAUCACAAAUUUCCCUUUCUUAGUUGUGGGUGUUCUGGGCUUUGUUCUAGCCCUCGAUGGAGCUGUCUUCUACAUAAGUUCUCAAGGAGAAGUCUAUGCUUGGGUAGUAUUCUAUGCUGGAAUGGUAGGCGUGGCUUUUGGUUCUGCUUAUUACCAUUUGAAGCCUGACAACCACCGUGUGUUGUGGGACACUUUACCGAUGAUGGUGGCAUUUUCUUCGCUUUUUUCUGCAUUGGUUGUUGAGAGAUUCGGCCAGAGGAUCGGGUUGUUCUGCCUGUUUGCACUCAUUUUUGCUGCCGUUCUUUGUGUAGUUUAUGAACGAAAUUAUAAUGACAUUCGGUUCUGCAUGAUAUUCCAGUUGACUCUUCCUCUAGCUAUUCCAGUAAUAGCAUUUAUGUAUAGCUCCAAGUACACUCACUCAAGAUAUUGGUUUCUGGCUACAGGUAUUUAUCUGCUAGCCAAAUUUGAAGGCGCUACUGACAAGAAACUUUACCAUGCAAAUAACUACAUUAUCAGCGGGCAUUCUUUGGAACACUUAUGCUUGUCGUUGAUCCCAAUUGUGCUCAGCAUAAUGCUCAUCUACAGGGAAUCUAAGUUUCAAAGGUUAGUUGAUCUUAAAGAUCGACAUCAAAGAGGAGGAGUGAAUGAUGAUUUUUCAACUGAGCUAUAUAUGGCUGAGACUUUGCAGCACACUGAGCAAGUCAAAACAAACUAGAUGAAACUCUCUUCCAUAACUUUGAAAAACUAACAAUUUUAACUGUCUAGUAGUGUCAAAUUCCUUUGUUUUCUAUUGUAAAGGAAUCAUAGUUGACACUUACCUGCAUUAAUUGUCGGCCAUAUGGAUGAUGGAUGGGAGAGCUCGUGCAUUCUACGACAUGAUAGAGGUCCUUAGGUGACAAACAAGUGUGUGUCUGACACGCAUUGUUUUUCUCUUUGUCGUUGAGAUCAUUGCCCUUGUCAGUCUUGGAACAGUUGAUUGUGAGGCAUUGGAGACUUUGUAUUCUAGUCUUAUUAUUAGAGUAAAUGUCUUUUCCAAUCCUUAACC